AUGGCUAUCCGAGACGCCAGUGGCACUGUCCUCAGUCCCAAGAGGAUGUGUCACAUAGUCCUCCGCGUUCAGCCUGACAAAUACAAGCCCAUGGUCAACUGGUACGUGACUUUCCUCGGCGGGCGUGUAGUCUGGGGAAAUGAGGUCCUCAGCUUUAUCACCUACGACGACGAACACCACCGCAUCGCCAUCACUGGCCGACCGGGUACCAUCCCACGCGGUGGCGACGCCACCAAUUCGUGCGGGCUCGCGCACGUCUCAUUUGCCUACGAAACGCUCGACGAGCUCCUGACGGCUUAUGUGCAGCGCCGCAAACUGGGCAUCAAGCCCUCGUGGUGCGUUAACCAUGGGCCGACGACGAGCAUCUACUAUGCCGACCCGGACGGGAAUGAGGUCGAGACGCAGGUGGACAAUUUUGGCACGGCGCAGGAGGCGACCGAAUUCAUGAAUAGUGCGGAGUUCGUUGAGAAUCCGAUGGGAGUGGAUUUCGUGCCGGAAGAGCUUAUUCGGCGCUUGGAAGACGGCGAAAGUGUUACUGAGCUGAAGAAGAGGCCCAACAUCGGGCCCAGGACUUCAAGGGCAGAAGGAUAUAUAUCUGUCACAUGA